ACACAACACACAGUCCAAACUACAUCCAGUUCGAAUCCCAACAACCAUCGUUCAAGAGGCAAAAUGAGAACGACGAUCUGCCUAGUUUUCCUGCUGGUAGCAGCGGCUGCUGCCAGCGAGAAUAAGUCGACAGAAAGUAAGGCGGAGCCUUUGGAGAAAAAACUGGACAAACGUGGUCUCCUGAACCUCGGCUACGGAUACGGAAUCAGCGGCCUCGAUAUCGGCCACAUUGGUCACGGCUCCGGCUUCGGCGGCGCCUACAACGUCAUCCAGGACUCCGGUCUCGCCCACGGCUACGGCUCCAUCAACCUCGGAGCCCACACUGAUACCCUCAGAACUAUCACCCUUGUCAAAGGAGUACCAGUGGGCGUCCCCGUCGACAGACCAGUGCCGUACCCAGUGGAGAAGCAUGUACCGUACCCCGUGAAGGUUCCCGUACCGCAGCCCUAUGAGGUCGUCAAACACGUGCCUGUUCACGUGAAGGAGUACGUUAAAGUUCCAGUCCAUGUGCCCGCACCUUACCCUGUCGAGAAGAAGGUGCCCUACCCCGUCCAUGUUCCAGUCGACAGGCCUUACCCCGUUAAGGUUCUCGUUCCCCAGCCCUACCCCGUUGAGAAGCACGUACCUUACCCCGUGAAGGUACCAGUGCCCCAACCCUACCCCGUGGAGAAACACGUGCCAUACCCCGUCGAAGUAAAGGUACCCGUUCCCCAGCCCUACCCGGUCGUGAAACACGUCGGAGUUCCAGUCAAGGUACCCGUCGACAGGCCUUACCCCGUGCACGUGCCCGCUCCCUACCCCGUCGAGAAGCCCGUUCCCGUCGCUGUUCCAGUUGAGAAGCCAGUCGCCUACCCCGUCCACGUGCCCGUAGACAGGCCCUACCCCGUGCACGUCGAGAGGCCCUACCCCGUGCCCGUGAAGGUCGCCGUGCCAGAGCCCUACCCCGUCUACAAGCACAUUCCCGUUGAGGUCGAAAGGCCCGUAGCUUACCCCGUGAAGGUGCCCGUCGACAGGCCCUACCCUGUACACAUCGAGAAGCACAUCCCAGUCCCAGUAGAGAAGCCAGUGCCCGUGCCCGUGAAGGUCCCCGUGCUGGUCGGCAAUGGUGGCCAUGAUUUCGGUGGCCACGACUUCAGCGGUCACGACUUCAGCGGUAGCGACUUCGGUGGCCACUACAGCUAUGGAAGCUCCCACUACAGCCACUAAAGUAUUAUAGAUUUAAUUUCAUUUAGUUUAUCCGCGAAUCAAUCACCUGCGCUAUUUAUAACUCGGCGAGUUAACGGCGGCCGGGACACCAGCAAGCAUCGUUCUUUUGUAUAUUUAUAAUAUCAUUUGUAUGAAAUGUUAUGAUUCUUUUGUGUAUAUGCGUAUGUACGAGUACGUUGUGAUGUAAAGGUUACCAAUUUCUUAGGUUAAGACUGUAAAAAUAAACAAGUAAAAAAUAUAAAAAAGCAA